AUAAAUAGCAUUGCAUUUGUUUGAAUGGAACAGUCUGUAGCAUAAAAUACUUCAUAAAUUUAUACCUACCUAUUUAGUAUUAAUCUCCGUCAAUUUAUUGUCUAUCAGGGCUCGCGAGCGGCAUGUUUACUAAACCAGUUACCUUAGUCGCAUUUUUAUAUCAGUCGCAUGUUACAGCUUGGUAGCUCGACAACUUGUGCAGCUGUAAAUGUGCACUUUGUGCGUUAUUUAAAUAAUGGAAUUAUUAACGAUACACAUACCUGAGAAUGCCAAAACAGAUUUAGUGUUUUAUGUGAACGGUAAGAAGGUAGUGGAAUCCGAACCUGAUCCAGAAUGGACGUUGCUUUGGUAUUUACGUAAGAAGCUUCACUUAACGGGUACAAAGUAUGGCUGCGGAGAGGGUGGCUGUGGUGCCUGCACAGUCAUGGUUUCUCAGUAUUUGAAACUGGAAGAUCGCGUCAAACAUAUAGCUGUAAAUGCUUGUCUGACUCCGGUAUGUGCUAUGCACGGCUUAGCGGUUACCACAGUAGAAGGUAUCGGUUCGACGCAAGAUCGAUUACAUCCGGUUCAAGAAAGGCUAGCGAAAGCACAUGGGUCACAAUGUGGAUUUUGUACGCCGGGGAUCGUAAUGUCCAUGUAUGCUUUAUUAAGAAGUAAAGAAAAGAUUUGCUAUUCGGACAUAGACACAGCAUUGCAAGGAAAUCUAUGUAGAUGUACUGGUUACAGACCGAUAAUUGAAGCUUUCAAAACAUUUGGGGAAGCAUGGGAAAUAAAUUAUGUAAAUGCAAAAGGAAGCAGUUCGUGCGCAAUGGGUGAUAAUUGCUGUCGGAAUAAAAAAGCGGAAGAGAAUAAUAAAAAUGAGCUUUUUAGGAAAUCAUCUUUUGUACCAUAUGAUGCAACACAAGAACCAAUUUUUCCUCCUGAAUUAAAGUUGAAUAACAGUUAUAGCGAGUCAUAUUUAAUGUUUAAAGGAGAAAACGUAAUAUGGAUACGACCACAGAAUCUUGAAGAUUUGAUAGUACUGAAAAAUAAAUAUCCAAAUAGCAAAAUUGUAAUUGGCAAUACCGAAAUAGGAGUAGAAAUGAAAUUCAAGAAAAUAAAAUAUCCCAUAUUACUUUGUCCGACUAUGAUACCAGAAAUGUAUAUUUGUGACGCUACUAAAGAGGAAUUAACAAUAGGUGCUGCGGUUUCUUUAAAUGAGGUGAAUAGUUUUCUGAAUAGACAGCUGAAACUUGACACUAGCAGAGGACAAGUUUUUGAAGCUAUAAUAAAUAUACUUCAUUGGUUUGCUGGUAAUCAAGUUAGAAAUGUUGCUUCACUUAUUGGAAAUAUAGUAACAGCUAGCCCUAUAUCUGAUUUGAAUCCAAUAUUAAUGGCGUGUUCUGCAGUACUCAAUAUUUACAGUUUAGACAAAGGACAUAGAAAGGUAGUAAUUGAUAGUGAUUUUUUUGUGAGCUACAGAAAAACAUUACUUAGAGACAAUGACAUUGUUGUAUCUAUAGAAAUACCAUUUACUAACAAUCAACAUUUUUUUAAAGCAUACAAACAGUCGCGUAGAAGAAAUGAUGAUAUUUCUAUUGUAACAGCAGCAUUUAGCGUUAAAUUUAUUGACAAAGUAAUUUCAGAAAUUAAAAUUUGUUAUGGGGGCAUGGGACCAACUACUAUAUGUGCAGUAAAUUCGUGUAAUUUAAUAAAAGGAUGUUGUUGGAAUAAAAAUAUGUUAAAUAAAGUAAUGGAUUCACUUACACAUGAAUUAAAAUUAGACAUUUCUGUUCCUGGAGGUAUGGCGAUCUACCGUAAAUCACUAUGUUUAAGUUUAUUUUAUAAAUUUUAUCUUCAUGUUUUAAGUGAUUUAACGUCAGCGACUGGUGAUAAUCUAAUAAACAGCCAGUUAUAUGGUAUCAACGACUUACAUAUUUGCGAGCCAAAGAGUUCGCAAUAUUUUGAUUUGAAAAACGACGCCAUUGAAAUUUCGGAUUGUGUUGGAAAACCCGUACCACACAUAUCAGCAAUGAAACAAGCAACAGGUGAAGCUAUGUACUGUGAUGAUAUUCCACAUAUCGAAGGAGAAUUAUUUUUGACAUUAGUUUUGAGUACUGAAUCACAUGCUAGAAUUAAGUCAAUAGAUGCUAGUAAAGCCCUUUCAAUAUCAGGUGUGGAACAAUUUCUAUCGGCUGUAGAUAUAGAUGCAGAGUUUAACAAAGUGGGUCCUCUUAUAAAAGAUGAACAAAUAUUUUCUAGUAAUAUAGUAUCCAGCCGAUCUUGUGUGAUUGGAGCUGUGGUUGCUAAAUCUGAAAUGAUAGCUAGAAAAGCGAAAGAUCUAGUAACAGUAACGUAUGAUCCAAUACAACCAACAAUAGUUACAUUAGAAGAUGCUAUAGUUCAUCGUUCUUUCUUUUCUGGGUCACCUGUUUCUUUAAAAAAAGGAGAUUUGAUAGAAGUUUUUUCGAACUCAUUUCACAUUAUUGAGGGUCACGUUAGGAGCGGAGCUCAGGAACAUUUUUAUUUGGAAACAAUGUCUGCAUACGCUGUAAGAAAAGAAGACGAAUUAGAAAUAAUAUGUAGUUCUCAAAAUCCAGCUGAAAUAGCGCAAAUAGUUUCAAGAGUGCUUCGUAUACCAAACCAUAAAGUCGUAUGUAAAGUAAAAAGGCUUGGAGGAGCUUUUGGUGGGAAAGAAACUAGAGCUAUGAUGUUAGCUGUUCCAGUGGCAAUAGCAGCGUAUAAAUUAAAUAAACCUGUCAGAGGAGUUUUAGAUAGGGAUGAAGAUAUGCAAACGACUGGCUAUAGACAUCCUUUCCUUAUCAAAUAUAAAGUAGCAUUUGAUGAUGAUGGAAAGAUUUUUGGUGCCGCAAUAGAUAUUUAUUGCAAUGGCGGUUUCUCUAUGGAUUUAUCUAGUGCGUUGGUGUCAAGAUCUAUAGCACAUAUUGAUAACUGCUAUAAUAUACCUAAUGUUGAGGUAAAUGCAUAUAUUUGUAAAACAAAUUUGCCUUCAAAUACAGCUUUUCGAGGUUUUGGUGCGCCUCAAGUUAUGUUCGCUGCAGAAAAUAUGAUAAGAGAUAUAGCUGCGAAUUUAGAUAAAACAUAUGAAGAAAUCGCAAUUUUGAAUAUGUAUAGAGAGGGAGAUUUGACUCAUUACAACCAAUCACUUAAAUAUUGCACUUUAUCAAGGUGCUGGAAUGAAUGUAUAGAAAAUAGUGCUUACUGGAGACGAAAGGUCGAAGUGGAUGAAUUUAAUAAAAUGAACAGAUGGAAAAAGAAAGGGAUUGCUAUAGUUCCAACGAAAUACGGUAUAUCUUUUCAAUCUGAUGUACUGAUGCAAGCUGGAGCAUUAUUAUUGGUAUACAAUGAUGGUUCGGUUUUAUUAUCUAUAGGAGGUGUAGAAAUGGGACAAGGACUUUUUACUAAAAUGAUCCAAGUAGCUUCAAGAGCACUGGAUUUGGAUAUCAGCAAAAUACAUAUUAGUGAAAUGUCUACCGACAAAGUGCCAAACAGUUCUCCUACAGCUGCGAGCAUUAGUUCUGAUUUAUAUGGUAUGGCAGUAAUAGAUGCUUGCACUAUUUUAAAAGAAAGAUUAGAGUCGUAUAAAAUUAAAAAUCCCAAUGGCAAGUGGGAAGAUUGGGUUAUGGCAGCGUAUUUAGAUAGAGUAAAUUUAUCUGCUACGGGAUAUUACUCAGCUCCAAAAAUUGAGUAUAAUGAUAAAACUAAUUCAGGGAAUAUUUAUGAAUACUUUACGUACGGAGCUGGAUGUUCUGAAGUCAUAAUUGAUUGCCUUACUGGUGAUCAUCAGGUGUUAAGAUCUGAUAUAGUAAUGGAUUUAGGAGAAAGUAUAAAUCCUGCUAUCGAUAUAGGCCAAAUAGAAGGUGCGUUCAUGCAAGGCUAUGGUUUUUUUACUAUGGAGGAGAUGUUGUUUUUGCCAACUGGUGAAAUUUUAUCGAAAGGACCAGGAACAUACAAAAUUCCUGGCUUUUCCGAUAUACCUAAAGAGUUCAAUGUUUCACUUCUUAAAGGUGCACCUAACCCACGAGCUGUUUAUUCUUCUAAGGCUGUGGGAGAACCACCUCUCUUUUUGGCUGCGUCAGUAUUUUUUGCUAUAAAGGAAGCAAUUAAAUCUGCGCGAAUCGAUGCUGGUGUGAAACCAGAUUUUGUGCUCCACGCACCAGCCACUUGUGAACGGAUAAGAAUGGCAUGUGAAGAUGAGUUCACCGAAAAGGUGAAACCGACUAUAAGUAAAGAAGGUCAGCAGUGGAACGUCGUUGCGUAGGAAUUAGUUGCAGAUUGUUUAUUCAAAAUAUUAUUAAGCCUUCAAUUUUAUUUUAACCAUAUUUCAAUAUUUAAUCGGUUUUAAUGUACUUUAAUUGUAUUUCAAUUAAAAUUAAUAUAUACUGAUUUAUAAAACAA